AUGUGGGGAAGCACCAGCAACAACACCACAAGAAGUACACCUAUAGCACCGCAGGCAGAGCAAAUCCAACACAUCUGGGUAGUGACGGGGCCAGCGGGAUGCGGGAAAAGCACAGUAGGCAAGGCGAUUCAACAAGCGCUUAACAUCCCUUUCUUAGAGGGUGAUGAUUUCCACACCAUCAACAACAAAGAAAAAAUGUCCAACGGCAUCCCCCUCACCGACGCCGACAGAUGGGACUGGCUCAUCUCUCUCCGCCAAGCCGCCAUCGAGGCGCUCUCCCCCUCCGAAACCAACAACUUCCACCCGCCCUCCGGCGUAGUGGUUGCUUGUUCAGCCCUGAAGCAGAAAUACCGGGACGUGAUGCGCGUCGCGGCGUACGGAUCCCCCUCGGUCCAGAUCCAUUUCAUCUAUCUCAAGUUGGACGAGACCAUGCUGCUGCAGAGAGUUAUGAAUCGACAGGCGCAUUACAUGAAGAGUAGUAUGGUGCAGUCGCAGUUGCAGGAUCUGGAGGAACCCAAAGGCGAGUGGGAUGCCCUCACAGUGGAUGUGCGUGCUUCGCAGGCGGAAGUGCAGACUGAGGUGUUGGGGUUGGUGAGGGAUACGUUGGCGAGGUAUCGCUGA